AAGAAGAGUGUGUGUGUGAGAGAGGGAUAGUAGGAGGAAGGAGCGAGGAGUGAGGAGUAAGGUGGUUGCUGCCAAAAAGGGGAUUAAGUUGCCGAUUCUGAAUCCAAAUUGAAAAAAUAAAAGAAAUCGAAAAACAAAAUAAAAAACAGCCCAAGCGAAAAUCCCCCAUCUCCCCCCUCGGAAGAGAAGCGAUUGUAAUGGCUCUACUCCGUUCACUGAGCGCCCAACGAACAGCCAUCAGUUUGGUCUACGGCCGUAAUAGCAGCAAGUCCGGCAGUGCCGCCGUUGUCGCCCGAAGGAGUCUCCAGACCGCCACACGCUCCUCCCCAGCAGCAGUCGCCGUUGUAGCCUCCAAGGACUCUGAUGAAUCGGUAGUGGUAUCACCACUAAGCAGAUUAACACCAUCCAAUGGUGGUCAUGGGACGCGACGAUUCCUUCACUCCGGCAACAAGCCGUUGCAGGCCUCCACCGUCGCCCAGCCGGCCUAUGCCGAGCCCGCCCUGAAGGUCGACCAUAAGACGAAGAGCACCAAAUGCUCACCGCCAUCAUCAUCGUCAUCCUCGCCGGCCGGUUCGCCACAGCGAGAUCCAUUGGAUGUCAGCUUCAAUGAUCCGAUAGCCGCCUUCAAGAGCAAGACCACGUGGGAGCUGGUCCGGGCCUAUCUAGUCUAUAUGAUCUGUUCCAGCGAGAAGCUAGUUGAGCACAACAUGACGCUACUGAAACUGGCGCGCAACGUUCUGGGAACGAGGCUUUUUGUCCUGCUGAUGAAGUCCAGCUUCUACGGACAUUUUGUGGCCGGCGAGAACCGACACACGAUUGUCCCCGCCCUAGAGAGACUAAGAUCGUUUGGGGUUAAGCCCAUUCUUGACUAUUCCGUCGAGGAGGAUAUCUCCCAGGAGGAGGCUGAGAAGCGUGAAGUUGAAUCUUCCGUUUCCAGUGCCGGCGACAACAAGGAGGAGGGCGCCAUGCCCCAGUAUCAUGUGGACAAGUCCUUUGCCGAUCGGCGCUAUAAAGUGAGCAGUGCUCGCACCUAUUUCUAUCUCAACGAGGCCACCUGUGAGCGCAACAUGGAGAUCUUCAUCAAGUGUCUGGAGGCUGUUUCCGAGGACGAUCGCAAGGCGCCCCGGGCAGUGGCCACGGGCGCCACCUUUGGAACUGGCAUUACGGCCAUUAAACUUACCGCCCUGGGCCGUCCACAGUUGUUGCUACAACUCUCUGAGGUAAUCAUGCGCACACGUGGCUACAUGGAGGAGAUGGUGGGCGGUCAGGGAAAUGUGCUCACCCACCACAAGACCAUCAAGGAUCUCGAGAAGUAUUAUGCCAGUCUCGGCGACAAUAAGAACGUCAAGGACUUUCUUAAGAAUGUUACAUCCGACAAGGAAGGUAUCCUGCAUCUAUUCCCCUGGUCUGGAAUCGUAGAUGAGGACUCGCAACUGAGCGAUACUUUCCGCGUUCCCGAUCCCCAAACCGGACAGAUGCGUCGACUGAUCUCACAAAUAUCGCCCAAAGAGGAGGAGAUGUUCCGGAAUAUGAUUCGUCGCCUGAACACCAUCGUUAGGGCUGCUGCCGAAUUGGAUGUCCGCAUUAUGGUGGAUGCUGAGCAAACCUAUUUCCAACCGGCCAUUUCCCGCAUCACCCUGGAGAUGAUGCGAAAGUUCAACAAGGACAAGGCGAUCGUCUUCAAUACCUACCAGUGCUAUUUGCGCGAAACCUUCCGCGAGGUCUGCACCGAUCUGGAGCAGGCCAAGCGCCAGAACUUCUAUUUUGGCGCCAAGCUGGUGCGCGGUGCCUACAUGGAGCAGGAGCGGGCUCGUGCUCAGGCCCUCGGCUAUCCGGAUCCGGUUAAUCCCACUUUCGAUGCCACCACUGAAAUGUACCACAAGACCCUGUCCGAGUGUCUGCGACGCAUCAAGUUGAUGAAGGAUGGCGGUGAGGAUGCCCGUAAGAUUGGUAUCAUGGUUGCCUCCCACAACGAGGACACAGUGCGUUUUGCCAUCCAGCAGAUGAAGGAGAUUGGAAUCUCGCCGGAGGACAAGGUUAUCUGCUUUGGCCAACUGCUUGGCAUGUGCGACUACAUCACCUUCCCUCUGGGCCAGGCGGGCUACUCGGCCUACAAGUACAUCCCGUACGGACCCGUGGAGGAGGUGCUGCCGUAUCUGUCGCGUCGUGCCCAGGAGAACAAGGGUGUGCUCAAGAAGAUCCAGAAGGAGAAACGAUUGCUGCUCAGCGAAAUCCGUCGUCGCAUCUUCAGCGGCCAGAUGUUCUACAAGCCCAAAGGCAACUAUGUGCCCAUCUAAGAGGGAUAACAACAUCGUCGUCUCCAAAAAGAAAACACCGCUCGCACUCACAACCACAUCCCACAAUCCAAUCCAAAAAAAAACAAAGAAAAAAAAACGAAAAAUAAUGGAGAUCCAAUUAAUCGGCUAAGGAUAUCGCCGUCGGGUCUAUUUUAAUGUGUGUCUGUGUGUGCGUGUUCUAUAUUUUAUUUUUUUCUUUUCUUCUUUCCGUCAUUCGAAAUCUAAACUUUACGAAAUUUUGCCUAUAUAGAUAUAUAUAUAUAUAUAUACGUAUAUAUGUUUAUAUAUAGAUAAAAGGAAAUUAUGGAAAAAUUGUGUAUAUACCAAGGUCCUGCAAACAAACCAGAAAGGAUCAGCAAUGAUCUUUGGGACAACAAUUUCAAUUAGAGAGCAAGAUACACUUUUUUUUUUGAUGAAAUAUGUACAUUUUUACGUCUUGUUGCAAACAAUAAUCUAAACGAGUUCUGUAUGUGUGUUAAAAAAAAAAAAAACUAUUAAGAAAGAAAAACUAUGAAAAACGAAAAACAAAUCCAACAAAUCCGAAAGGAUGAAAAGCUAACCAGCAAGGAUAUUAAUGUUGGGUUUGAGUUACAAAACAAGAAAAGCAAAUUUUUUAGCAUCGUAAAAACAUGAAGCAUAAAUCGAUAUAGUAUAUAUUAAAUACAUAUACUGAGAAAAUAAAAGAAGAAGAUGAAACCUUUAUAGAGACAUUAUACGAUAUAUAAUAUAUACCAUAGAUACAUGAAUGUGUAUGGCUGCAUUUUAGUCUAAAAAUUCAUAAAAUUUGUCGCGUGUUUCGUUUUGCAUACCUCCUCAGUAUAUCAGUAUAUAACAGUAUAAAUGAUUAUAUAAACACGAUAACAGUAUGAGUUUUUUAGUUCUUACCUCCUCCAUUUGCGAUGUGAUUAAAUUUGAUUUAAAUCCUUAUAAUACCCUUCCUAUAUAACCCUUUAAGUUUAUACAAUAUCUUACCGUAUUUACAAAUAAUUUGUUGUUGUUCCUCCAUCCGAAAUAGUCAAAUACAACUGCCUCGAUAUCGGAGCGUAUUCUAUCUAUAGGGAUAUUUACCUUAUAACAUACAUAUAUAUCUAUCUGUUUAUGUAUGUAUGUAUGCUAAAUGAAUAAUUAUUAUUUAAUUUAAUUUAGCGAGUAACGAAGCGAUAUUAAAAAAAAAGUCAUUGUGCUACGAUAGACAUUAGUCGAUGGUACCGCUUUAUGUCUCUGUUCUCCGCCGGCUCCGACCAUCCAUAGAUCCAUAUUUAGACAGUUAUAUAGACACACAACUAAACUAACCGAUGGAGCGUUAGUUUCUUUUAUUAUUCUCAUGAUUAUUAUUAUUAUUAUUGUAUUGCAUAAACGCUAUAAAUAAAUGAAUAAAUAAUUGUAUGAAUGUUAACUAUUUCAAUGACAAUAAUAAAAUGUUAAAAACGGAAA